UCCGCUUCCGGCCACCGCUCGCUUCUCCCGCCUCCGCCUGCGCCGCGGCUCGUGGACGUCCCGCCAUGGCGCUGUCGCGGGGGCUGCCCCGGGAGCUGGCCGAGGCGGUGGCCGGCGGCCGGGUGCUGGUGGUGGGCGCGGGCGGCAUCGGCUGCGAGCUCCUCAAGAACCUGGUGCUCACCGGCUUCUCCCACAUCGACCUGAUUGAUCUGGAUACUAUUGAUGUCAGCAACCUCAACAGGCAGUUUUUGUUUCAAAAGAAACAUGUUGGAAGAUCAAAGGCUCAGGUUGCCAAAGAAAGUGUACUUCAGUUCCACCCAAGGGCUAACAUUGUCGCUUACCACGACAGCAUCAUGAACCCAGACUAUAAUGUGGAAUUUUUUCGGCAGUUUAUAUUGGUUAUGAAUGCCUUAGAUAACAGAGCUGCCCGAAACCAUGUUAAUAGGAUGUGUCUGGCAGCUGAUGUGCCUCUUAUUGAAAGUGGGACUGCUGGUUAUCUUGGACAAGUGACUACUAUCAAAAAGGGUGUGACUGAAUGUUAUGAAUGUCAUCCUAAGCCAACCCAGAGAACGUUUCCUGGCUGCACAAUUCGGAACACCCCUUCAGAACCCAUUCAUUGCAUCGUUUGGGCAAAGUAUUUGUUCAACCAGCUUUUUGGAGAGGAAGAUGCUGAUCAAGAAGUGUCACCUGACAGAGCUGAUCCUGAAGCUGCUUGGGAACCAACAGAAGCUGAAGCCAGAGCCCGAGCAUCUAAUGAAGAUGGAGACAUUAAGCGUAUUUCCACUAAGGAAUGGGCUAAGUCAACUGGCUAUGAUCCAGUUAAACUGUUUACGAAGCUUUUUAAAGAUGACAUCAGGUAUCUAUUGACAAUGGAUAAACUAUGGCGCAAAAGGAAGCCUCCAGUUCCCCUGGAUUGGGCUGAAGUACAGAGUCAAGGAGAUGAAGCCAAUGCAUCCGAUCAACAAAACGAACCGCAGUUAGGUUUGAAAGACCAGCAAGUUCUAGAUUUAAAGAGCUAUGCAAGUCUUUUUUCAAAGAGCAUUGAAACUUUGAGAGUUCAUUUAGCAGAAAAGGGGGAUGGAGCUGAGCUCAUAUGGGAUAAGGAUGACCCAUCUGCGAUGGAUUUUGUCACCUCUGCUGCAAACCUCAGGAUGCAUAUUUUCAGCAUGAAUAUGAAGAGCAGAUUUGAUAUAAAAUCAAUGGCGGGAAACAUUAUUCCUGCAAUCGCUACUACUAAUGCAGUGAUUGCCGGAUUGAUAGUAUUGGAAGGAUUAAAGAUUUUGUCUGGAAAAAUAGACCAGUGUAGAACAAUUUUUUUGAAUAAACAACCAAAUCCAAGAAAGAAGCUCCUCGUGCCUUGUGCACUGGAUCCUCCCAAUCCCAAUUGUUACGUGUGUGCCAGCAAGCCAGAAGUGACUGUGCGGCUGAAUGUCCAUAAAGUGACCGUCCUCACCUUACAGGAUAAGAUAGUGAAAGAAAAGUUUGCUAUGGUGGCGCCAGAUGUCCAAAUUGAAGAUGGGAAAGGGACAAUCCUGAUAUCUUCAGAAGAGGGAGAGACUGAAGCUAAUAACCCCAAGAAGUUGUCAGAAUUUGGAAUUAGGAAUGGCAGCCGGCUUCAAGCAGAUGACUUCCUUCAGGAUUAUACUUUAUUGAUCAACAUCCUUCAUAGUGAAGACCUAGGAAAGGAUGUGGAGUUUGAGGUGGUUGGUGAUACCCCAGAAAAAGUGGGGCCCAAACAAGCUGAAGACCCUGCCAAAAGCAUCACCAAUGGCAGUGAUGAUGGUGCCCAGCCUUCCACCUCCACAGCACAAGAGCAAGAUGACGUGCUCAUCGUUGACUCAGACGAAGAAGGACCUUCAAAUAACGCUGACAUCAGUGAGGAUGAGAGGACUCGCAAGAGGAAACUGGAGGAAAAAGAGGGUGGCAGUGCCAAGAGGUCUCGCUUGGAGCCACCGGAAGAGCUUGAUGACAUCAUAGCAUUAGAUUGAACAGCCCUAGCCUCUGUCUGGGCAGAACCAGGUUGUUAUGUCCUUUGUUCCAAAGGGAAAACACCACCACCAGUGGCUCUGAUGCUUCCAUUCCCUUUGAAAGCGUUCAUUUGCUAAGACUCAGAAACACUGUGUGCUUUAUUGACAGUAGGAGUAGUUUCCAAACCCUUUGAACAAAGCUGUGCAUAACCAGUGAUGAGCUCACAACACGCCGUGCAUGUUGCCUUUCAGUGUAAAUACCCUUAGGUACCAUUUCAUAGUUCAAAAAUACUGUGGGUUAGUAAAGUUGAUACCUGGUUAUAAAUAUUAUGCCUUUAUUUUUGGCUAGAAGAAGAGUUAUUUUUAGCCUAGAUCAAACCAUUUUCAUACUCUUAACUGACUGAAACGGAUUCAAAGAAGUAUCGAGUGCUAUGCAUUGAAAAUUGUUUUUUAAAUAUUAAUCAGCACUAUGUAUAUUAAUGUAAAACAAUGUUAAUUUACUCAAAUUUUCAGUUUGUACUGCCUGGUUUGUCUGAAGAAGACAAUUUUUGUGUAUUUGUUACAGUUUCAGGUUAUUUAUAUUUGAUGUUUUGUAAAACUCAAACAACAAAUAUACUGUACUUAUGGACCAAAUAAAUGACAUCUGCAUUCUUGUUACA